AUGCAACUUUUCAGUAGAUGCUGUGCAAAAGGAUUUGAUGGAAGAAAAAAAGGAAAGACAGAGCCAACUUCUUGGAGAGAGUUCUCACUCAAGGAGCUUCACGCGGCCACAAACAGUUUCAAUUACGAUAACAAACUCGGUGAAGGUCGUCUCGGGAGUGUGUAUUGGGGUCAGCUUUGGGAUGGUUCACAAAUUGCAGUCAAGAGAUUGAAGGCAUGGAGUAACAGUGAAGAGGUAGAUUUCGCCGCCGAAGUCGAGAUCCUUGCACGUAUCCGUCACAAGAAUCUGUUGAGUGUUCGUGGCUACUGUGCAGAAGGACAAGAACGUCUUCUUGUGUACGAGUACAUGCAGAAUCUGAGCUUGGUUUCUCAUCUCCACGGCCAGCAUUCAGCUGAGUGCCUUCUUGAUUGGACCAAGCGGAUGAAAAUCGCCAUAAGCUCUGCUCAAGCCAUUGCGUACCUACACCAUCAUGCAACUCCGCAUAUAGUCCAUGGAGAUGUGAGAGCUAGCAACGUGCUGCUAGAUUCUGAGUUUGAAGCUCAAGUUACUGAUUUUGGAUAUGAUAAGCUGAUCCCUGAUGAUACUGAAGGUAAAAGUAACAGCGCGUAUCUCUCACCGGAAUGUGCUACGUCAGGACAAGAAUCAGAAGGUGGAGAUGUGUACAGUUUUGGUAUCUUGUUGCUGGAGCUCGUCAGCGGGAAGAGAUCAGUGGAGAGGGUAAACGCAACGACGAAGCGAGGUAUAACCGAAUGGGUUUUGCCGCUUGUGUACGAGAGGAAGUUUGGUGAGAUUUUUGAUCAGAGGCUGAGCGGUGAGGAGGAGGAAGUAGGAGAGAAGCUGAAGAAGAUGGUGUUGGUGGGGCUUAUGUGUGCUCAGAGAGAGCCAGAGAAGAGACCAACAAUGUCUGAAGUUGUGGAGAUGCUGAUGAGUGAGUCAAAGGAGAAAUUUUCAGAACUUGAAGCUAAUCCUCUCUUCAAGAAUCCAUGUAGCAGCGACGAAAACAGUAGAGAGCAGGAGGUUGCAGAAGAAAACUCAGAUGUGAUCUCAGAAGAGAAGGAUCAUCAUCAUCAACAACAACAAGGAUAG